UAGUUACAUUGUAUCUCCCUUACUCAAAGGAGCGAGGGAUCUGAGACUCAACUGAAAGGAAAAAUGAAUGAAUAUACGUGAAAAUGGACGCGCCGGGAUCUUGGAUUUAUCGUCUUGGAGUUUAGGAAAGACGCGUUCGAAGAAAGCCGCGAGAUUGAGAUCCUGUGAUGCCAGUUUCGGGGCACUGUUUCCAUUUUUGAACGGGAUCUUUAGAAGUGUGAUGGCUGCAGUCCAGCGAAUUGCUGGCCUUGCCUUUCUCUAGUUGCUGGAUGUGUUGGGAAGUGCACUGCUUUGGGAUCAUUUUUGGAAUUCCGUGCGCAAAUCCAGAGGCCGUUCCACUCUCCUCUAUGGAAUGUACAUAAGUAUUCUCUGGAUAGGGGUUUGCGUGUGGGGGCAAAAUGUGGGCGCCUGGGAAGUUGACAUCAAUACGUUGAGGCCGCUUUUGUUUUUCUCCACACCUUGGCAGGUCUGAGAAAUCAGGCAAUACUGUGACAAACCUGGGCCGCUGGCACUAAAAUGUCCCUAAGUGGUGGCACUGCAGGCGGGAAAGGUGUGGAUUCGAAUGCGGUGGACACUUAUGACAGCGGUGAUGAGUGGGAUAUCGGGGUUGGAAAUCUGAUUAUCGAUCUUGACGCUGACUUAGAGAAGGACAAACUUGAGAUGUCUGGCACCAAGGACACAGGAACCAUGGCAGCUCCACCCAGCGCAGUUGCGUCUCUACCCGACAAUAUCAAGUUUGUUAGCCCCGUGAGCGCCCCUCAGGGCAAAGAAAGCAAAUCGAAAUCAAAACGCAGCAAAAAUUCUAAAGACAAUAACAGCAAGUCUCCAGCUGGAGAUGGAGGGAAAAAGGACAACCAGGGACGGGCCCAAGGUGAAGUAACCAGUGUGACAGGUGGUUCGGGGGGUGGUAACCCCGCCCCUGGUAAAGGCGUAGAGAAGGGUACGAAAUCCUCUCGCGGUGUACCAAACAACAAAAAGGAAAAGGAAGUAUCGAGUGGAAAAAACAAAAAGGAAAAGGGCGAAAGCGGACCGGUCGCAGUCAUUGCGAUCGAAAAGGACAUAGUCGCCAACGCCCAGACUUUUGGAAGCACGCGCAAUGCUACUUUUGACAAUACGCAGAAUGCGGACAUUGGUUCUACGGAGCAGCAUGGGAAUAAUGCCCUGGAAUCUGUUGGAAUUGUUUUGCCACUUAUUAUUAAAUCAGAACCCGAGGAGCUGGACGGUGGCGAAUGCAGAGCUCUGAAGAAGGUCAAGAAUGAAAAGAUGGAGUCUCCGGUCUCCACCCCUGCCCCUCCGCCUCUUCACCUCCUUGCCCCAAUGGGAAAUCCUGACAUCUCGUCACCCUGUGAACAGCUGAUGGUGCGCACUCGUUCGGUGGCUGUUAACACUUCUGAUGUGGCCCUGUCUACAGAGCCCGAGUGCCUGGGUCCCUGUGAACCUGGCACCAGUGUCAACCUGGAGGGCAUCGUGUGGCAAGAAACCGAAGAUGGUAUGCUGGUGGUCAACGUUACUUGGAGGAACAAGACGUAUGUUGGGACACUUUUGGAUUGUACUCGCCAUGACUGGGCUCCUCCAAGGUUUUGUGAGUCUCCUACAAGUGAUAUAGAGAUGAGAAAUGGCCGUGGUCGUGGUAAGAGAAUGCGACCCAAUAGCAACACUCCAGUCAACGAGAACAGCAACUCAUCUGAUAAUAAGGGUACCAACAGCAACAAGACCAGAGCAAGUUCUAACAGCAAGGGGCGACGCGGCAGCCAGAAUUCCUCUGAGCGCAGGACUCCGCCCAACAGCAACACUGAAGACAUUAAAGCCAGUCCGUCCUCAGCCAAUAAGCGCAAAAGCAAACCUGCAUCAGACAUGGAGCCAAACUCAAGCUCCGAGGACUCUAAAGGCAACAAGCGCAUGCGCACAAGUUCAAACGGUGGAGUGAUGUCCUCUACGCUCCCAAUUCCCAUAAUUAAAACCGAGUCCCUUCCACCUCCUCUAGACCGCAGCUGUCCUUCACCAGUACUCAUUGACUGCCCACACCCCAACUGCAACAAGAAGUACAAACACAUCAACGGUCUGAAAUACCACCAGGCCCGUGCUCACAAUGAUGAUGAUAUUAAACUGGAGAUGGAUGGGGACAGUGAGUACUGUGAAGAAUCCUCUCUCCACCCAGAGCCAGGAAGUUGUAACGGAGCUUCGAUUACACAAAAAGGCUCUCUCUCCCCAGCACGCUCCGUCACACCUAAAGGAAGAGGAUUUGAUGCUCAGAGUCCAUCUCCCUCUCCUGGAAAGUUUGGAUCAAAGUCAAAGAAAAAGAAUGGUGAUGUUGAAGCUGAAGGCAUACCUAUGGAAGGCUGUGAGGAUGGGCCUUGCCUCACUGCGGACGAGGCUAGUAAUGACGGCAUGGAGGACAGGAAGUCCAAAAAGACAAGCAGUGGUGCCAAGUCUGACAAACUGUCCCAGAAGAACAUAAAGUCUCCCAGAACUAUGGCUCCCAACCUUACCUCUCAGCCGAUGUACUCUUUGCAGCCUACGCCAUUCAGCGGUGGGAGCCCAAGCCAUCCUGCAGGGAUGGCCAACAUGUUGCAAGGCAUUCCUAAGAGUCCCCAACUCAAAGGCAUGCAGUCAAAGUUGGGCGUAGCUGGAGACUCCUCACCAAUUAAUCCAGUGCUGAGCAACUCCAAGGACAAGAAGAAAAAGGACAAGAAGAAGAAAGAUCUUGGAAAAGAUCCAGACAGCCCCAAGAUCCCAAGCAAGGGCGGGAAGCCUGAAGAUGGGAAAAGCCCUUAUUCUGAGUCCUCUGAUCCAGGAAGUAGAAGUGAGGGUCAUCUCAAUGGUUCCUCUGACCCUCAUCAAAGUCGCCUAGCUAGUAUGAAAGCAGAGGCGGAUAAGAUAUACAGCUUUACGGAUAAUGCUCCCAGUCCAUCCAUCGGUGUGGCCAGUCGAGUGGAUAGCAGUGGACAACCCCUCACUCCACUUCACGUAGUCACCCAGAACGGGGCGGAUAGCUCUUCGGUAAAGACAAACAGCCCUGCGUACUCUGACAUAUCUGAUGCGGGAGAGGAUGGUGAAGGCAAAGCUGAAGGGGUCAAAAACAAGACAGAAGAUCACUCAACGAGGGAUGGUGCGAAGAAGUCGCUAUUUCCCUCACAGGCAACCAACAAAGAGUCCUCAUAUUAUGCUAGCUACGAAAACUACUACUCUCCAAAUUACACCAACCCAAGCCCCGGUGGAACCCCGGCUGGUGGACCCCUACAAGAUGGACAAGCUGUGAAAGUAAAAAAGGAGGAUGAGCAAGAAUCAGUAGAGGAGAGGAGCAAGGUGGAGGUGCUGGAUGAGCGAAAAUCUGAGGUUGCUUCAAGUCAGCCACACCAACAACAGCAAGCUUCGGUCAUUCAGCAACGCUCCAACAUGUACAUGCAACCGCUCUACUACAACCAGUAUUACGUCCCCCCGUACGGAUACCCUGAUCAGGUUUAUCACAACCACCUCAUGAACACUAAUUCAGCCUACAGGCUGCAAUACGAGGAAAGGCAAAGACUCAUGGCCGAGCAGCAUAGGUCUGCUGAAAAGAAGCCUGAUUCAGGUGUAAAAGACAAGGACGCCUCCCAUAAGGAAGACUGGAAACAGAAAGGUCCUGUUCCUCCAGGACUGACAAAAGCCCCAAGCCUUUCAGACCUGGGGAAGCCACAGGCCCCUGGCAAGCAAAGAGACAUUUCCACUGAAUCUGCAAAAUCUGUCAUCAUCCCCAAAGGGGAGGAGGCCAAGCUGCAGCCACAGCAGGCUGAAGGGCUUAAAAUGAAGCUCAGUGAAGCUGGCCAUCACGGAAAGGAUGACUCAAAGGCAAAUGUGGAGUCUGCCAGACUGGGUAUGGAGCACUCCAUGUGGUACAGACAGUACCCUGAGAAUCAGAGACCACCAGAAGAAGAGCGAGAUCGAGAGCGGGACAGAAAAGUCAAAGAGGAGAGGUCUAGGAUGAAGGACAACAGCUCCAAAGAUGAGAAUAAAGAUGGAAUUGACGGUUCAUGUCCUCCCAGCGCAGAGGACCAGCGAUGUGGUGGGAAAGAUUCUCGGUCUAAUGCCCACAUAGCUUUCGGUUCCCCUUUGGCCCAGCACCAGCACCAGCAUCAGCCCUACCUACAUUACAUGCAUGGAUAUCCUUUUGGACAGGGUUAUGACCCCAGUCAUCCUGGAUACAGGGGCAUGUCCUCAGUUAUGAUGCAGAACUACCCAGGGUCUUAUCUGCCAGCGGGAUACCCUUUUUCUCCUUACGGGAGUAAAAUGGGCAGUGAAGACGGAGAGAGGUCUCGCUCCAGUCCCACGGUCAGCAGCAAGUCUGCUUCAGAGUCCAAAGCCCUGGACAUACUGCAUCAACACGCCAACCAGUACAAGAGUAAAUCCCCAACUGUCGCCGACAAGCCCUCUCAUGAAAGAGAGCGAGGGGCAGGAGAUCGGGAAAGAGAGAGAGAUAGGGAAAGGGAGAGAGAAGUAGAUCGACCACGCUCGUCUCCCUCCCAACGCAUAAUGCCACCCCAUCACCACCUAGGUUAUCCACUUGUAGCCGGGCAGUAUGAUCUGUCCUAUGCAACAGGUCUUUCAUCGUCAGCGAUUGUUGCCAGUCAGCAAGCCUCAGCCCCUUCCCUGUACCCGCCAGCACGGAGGUGAGAAUGGGAACCCUGAAUAUCUCACCCUUUACAAAUAAUCAUGUGACUGGAUCACAUGGGGAAGUAUAUGGAGUUCAUGUAGACAUCAGUUGAAUGGUGUUUCUAUAUUUUAGGUUUUUUUUCUGCCGGAAUGCAUGGCAGAUCAAUGUUUUUCCUAGUAUCCGUACCUCGUACCCCACUACAGACUGUGAGGCCAGGUUCAAAGCCAUUCUGCCCUGCUCAGAGCCCAGCUGGCCACUGAACUCUACCUGUGAACUGUUGAGGAACCUUUAAGAGACAAGGACUGAUGCUCAUUAAGCAGGCUGUGGCCAGACGAGAGGCUCGGACCGGAGGGGAAAUAAGAACACGAAGACUGAAAAACUGAAAAUAGUUUUAUCACACUGAGAUAACUGAAGUUGUUUCCCUUUUUUUAUUUUGUAUUUGCAUCCUCGCUGAAGAAGCCAAUCUCUUGACCCACGGUUUUUGAAUUGUUGUUCUCGCGAUACCACAAGUGAAAGCAGCAGAUAAUAUUUAGCAUUGUCUCAUAAUUCCGUCUUUCUGUGGGUGGUUUUUAAACGGUUUUCAUUACCACAUGCCUCAAGACUGCUCUCUUUUCCUCACGCCCCACGUCGCUCUUCUAUCAGCACAGUUCAAUGCAAAGCAAAUAGAUGUCUCAUUAUUGGAGGUCUUACGUUUUUGAGUUAUCACAGCCGGUCACACCACUUUACUUAAACUAUAUGAUACUCAUUUAUGAUGAGGGUUUUAGUGAAACAUGUUCAGCUGUUGUAUCAGCAUGGAGCUCAAGGGAAGCAUCUGUUGCUGUCCAUGCACAACAGGUUUAAGAUUUCAGCAAGAUCUCAUUCUCGAACGAGCCUUUAAUUUGUGGAACAAGAUGCCUCGUAAGUACGUAACAUCAUGCUACCAGUCUAUUUACCCAAAGGAAUUGAAUUUGGUUCGAGCUUGGUUGUGGUUCAACUUGAAACUUCUUGCGAUGGCUUUCUGACCGCAUCACAAACCGAAUUUCAGAUCUGUCGCUAAGGUUUUAAAAAUGGAUGUUUGUUAAUGUGACAUGGUUUAGAAGUUCUUUUAAAGGUGCUUGUGUGCGGGACGUUCUGCUAUAGCACUAUGCAGGGGUACAUACAAGUGAGGGGUUAGUAACAACAGAGGCCCGGUAGUUUUGUACUAAUUGUGCUAAAGUUCUUUGCAUGGGGCCGUUUAUCCCUGAACACUUAUUGUUAAAGUGCUGUGAACUCCGGCGUGUUUCGAUGGCUGUUUGAAUUGAACAUCCUUUCAUAGGCUCACUGUGUUUCACAUGUCGUUUCGCAUGGUGUACUAUAGCACUAGAGAUGUGACUAUAUACGGUGUCUCCUCAGGCAAAGCAAACUUUAGUUUUGUACCAAACGCUGUCGUAAUUCUCGGUUGCACACACUAUAUGAUGUCUGUGUGUGAUGUACAGAGGGACUGUUUUAAAAUAGCUAUUGAGAAGCCAUCUUCCCUUUAGUUUAAUUUGCUCUUUCUUAAUCUCACAACGCUUGCGGUUUUCUUUUUGCAUUCAAUAGUUCCCUUUCAAAAAGUCGUAGGAGUGAACGCUGGAGCUUUCUUUGGCGCUCAAAUGAUCUCAAGUGGUUUAACUGGUUGUUUGCUGCUAAAAUGUGCAUUAAUGUGGGUAGUUUUUUUCAUAAAGAGCAGGCAGAUUUUAGCCGAUGGACAGCAGGCAGGUGUUCGGAGGAUUACGUUGGCUCAUUUACACUACCUUUCAUAUGAACCAUGGUACACUGAACACUAAGAGAGAUGGCAUUUUACAUUGCCCUCUAAAAUACAUUUCAAUCAACAAUCCAGUUAUACACAUUGGGACGUUUGAGUUGGCAUCUUCUGAAUAUUCAAAAGUAUAAAGACCUGAACAUAUUUUAGUCAUGAAAUGAUGCUCAGCUGAUUUGCUUUGAUAUCUAUGAUGAGCAGUGCACUGUUGCAUGCUUUGCAUCAUUUCUUGCGAUGGACUACCACCUCACUCUACUUACGUUUCAACCCAGAGUCUCGAAGGCAUUACAUCACCGAGAAUCUUGCCCCCGGUACUUACAGGAUGUUUACUUUUAUAUGGCUGUUUGAAAUGAUUCUUUGGCUGUUUCACCCAAUCCUUUCUGUUCUUUCUUAGACUGUUCUCUUAUGUAAAGUGUACAUUACCCCGUUUCUUUUUUAUACAAUACUGUAACUUGCCUUUGUACAUUUAGGCAAAAAAAUAAAUCUUUUUAUGAGACAAUCACA